CAUAAAAAUGAUUGUAUUUGAUUGUACAGACAGCUCCUUUUGGAGGAUUUGAUAACUGUGCGUCCUUCAGUUCUGAGCUUGAGAAGAAAAAAAAACCAAUCCGGAGCCAUUUGUUUCUGGGUAACAUGGAUGAUGAUGAAGUAAUGGACUACGAUUCCGGCGAACUUACUUUCACGGCGAUCGAGAUUGACUUGGAUUACGAUUUCGACGCCGCUCGAUUCUUUGAUUUCACACGGGAUGAGACUCCAUUGGAGUCGCUUCAGUCGGAGCUAUGGUUCGAAUCUGCUUGUAGCUAUCCUCCUUCACCUUUUGUAACAGAGUUAAUUAUGAGAGAGAACACUCUUCAUCAACAAUUGUGUACUUCUCCAAGAUCUAGUGGUGGAGAGGAGAACAUGAGCUUGGAAGGAAGUGAUUCUGAUAAUGAGCAAGAUUGCUCUAGAAUGAACAUGAACAAUCAAGAUUGCACAAUUAUGAAUGAAGAAAUUUUAAACAAUUUAAAAGGUGGUGGCAUGCUCCAACAUUUGCCCACAGGUUUGACAUUUCCAAAUCAAUUAAAAAAAGACGACAGCAAAGCUCAAGCUAAGUCUUUUGCAAAACCAUCAUUUCCAAGAGUGUCAACUCUGAUGAAACCUACUGCAAGUCAGUUAGCGAAGCAAAAUCGACCGCAGCAAAUUGGUGAUCCUAGGUUUUCGAAGCUCGUAAAUUCAGACAAACCAAAAUGCGGGAACACUCCAUUUGGCACUGAGAUCCAAGCUGCUAAAAGGCAAAAACUUGAGGGAGGUAUUUUGCUCAAGGAUGGUGGCACAAAGCAACAAAAUGUAUUGAUCCAUAAGGUGUCUAAAAAGGAGGAAACGAUUAGUGGGAACUCAACACAGGCCAAGUUCAAAAUCACUAUUCCUAGGGAGCCUGAACUAGUGACAUCACAAAGGGCUUACAGGAUGAGGCCAAAAGAUAAUCAACAACCUGAAUCUGCAGCACCAGAUAUUCGUAGAUUCAAAGCGCGACCACUGAACAAAAAAAUUCUUGAUGCUCCUUCAUUGCUACUACCUAAAAGAAGCACCCCUAGAUUACCAGAGUUUCAAGAAUUCCAUCUGAAGACUAAAGAAAGGGCCUCACAGCAUUCUUUAGCCUCUUCGUCAUCCUUGGUUCACGAGGGUUCUUCUCAUAAGGUGUUGAAUAGACCUAUGGUCCAUUCAGUUUCAGAAAGGACGAGCAGAGAAUCAAGAAGACCAAGUGCGAUGGAUGUUACAAGGCAUGAAGGAAAUGACACCAUUCAUAGUUUUAAAGCACGGCCCCUUAAUAAGAAGAUAUUUUCAAGUAAAGGAGAUAUUGGAGUCUUUAGGAACGUCAAGAAGGAUGUUACAGUACCGAUGGAAUUUAAUUUCCAGACAGAGAAGAGAACUCAACGAAAUAUACAAGUUGAUGAUCUUUUUAACAAGCUUUCCCUUAAUGAGCUUCAACCAAAAACUCGAUCCCAAUUGCCACUGCCAAGAUCUUCUUGUCUAUCAUCAAAGGAUGCAAAAGAAAAUAGAUCGGUUGCUUUCCGAAAAGAACACGAGAUUAAACAUUCAGUGAAAGAAUACAUUGAGUCUGGCCACGGAAGAACUCAUCAUACAAUCAACAGAGAGAUUGCUAACGUUGAACUUUUGCCUGGCAUGAGCAGAGGAUUGGGCAUUCGCUGAGAACAGAAGAAUAUGUCUAGGACUAUCUUUAGGCUUCAUUCACAUAUGAAAAUUAAGCUUAGUCAGGAACAUAUUUAGAUAUUUUUUGUUUGAAAGCAGAUAGGCCCAAAGUGUCGUCGAAUACCAAACACAAGUACAUAACUUUAGUUUCAUAUUUUCACAUUGUAAAACUCCAUCCAAUUCUCAAUAAAAUGCAGAAAAGGCUACUUACUG